AUGCCAAUUGACUACAGUCGUUGGAAGAAAAUUGAGGUUUCGGACGACGAGGACGACACCCAUCCCAAUAUCGAUACUCCAUCACUCUUUCGAUGGCGCCACCAAGCACGCUUGGAGCGUAUGGCAGAGAAAAAGAUGCAGAAAGAAGAGAUCGAGAAAGGAAAGUCCAGCGCAAAUAACCGCAAAGAUGAAAUCAUCAAGAAGCUUGAAGGAUUGGACCUGGAAGAUAAGGAAAAACGACAGCUUGAAAUCGAAUUGGCUGAGUUAAACAAACAGGAAGAGGAAUUCAUGAAAAAGGAGAAAGAACUUGAGGAUCAAGAACGGCUUGAGCCUUGGAAUGUUGACACUAUUGGACACGAGGCCUUUUCAUCUUCUAGAAUCAACAAAGUUGCCGAAAAGAAAUCCGAUAAGCCAAAGAUCACCGAAGAGGAAGAUUCAAAGCGCAUGGCCAAAUACUUUGAAGAUAACGAAGAGCUUCUGCAGAAAUAUGGACGCCUCACUGGACUCAAGGUCUCCGAGCAAUUUAUUUUGGAGAAUCCUCGCCUGGCUAGUGAUUAUGCUGCUAAUUGGCUUACCAUUGAAUGCCUCAACCUUGCCAUUGAUGGAAAGACGGAUGACAUGUGCAACAUGGCUCGCCAAUGCAUCAUUCUUCAAUAUCUCCUGGAGCUCUCUAAAUCACUGAAUGCCGAUGCCACAAACACCAAUGUGAUCAAGAAUUUCUUCAAGAAAUUCCAAGCUGCUGAUCCUAGCUACAUGAAAAUGUAUGAAGACGAAGUUGCUCAAUUCCAAGAACGACUUCGCCGUCGUGCUAAGGACAAACGUGAUCAAGCUAUCGCUGAGUAUGAGUCUGAGGAGAAGGCUAAGCGUGUCGCCAACGCACCUGGUGGCUUAGAUCCCCAAGAAGCUUAUGAUGCCUUGCCCGAUGAGAUGAAAAAAUGUUUUGAUGACCAGAACAUUGGCUCGCUUCAAAAAUGCGCCGAGUCAAUGGAUAAGGAAGUUUUUACCUAUCAUUUGCAACGUUGUAUUGAUUCUGGUUUGUGGGUUCCUAAUGCUAACGCCGCCGCUGAAGAGGAUGAGGCCAAUCUGGAGGCCCCAAGGGAA